CGCGCGCUCGUACCGGUUACGUUUUGUUGGGUGUUGUCUCUUCGCACUUGGCGAAUUGCGUACAUCGAUAACACGAGCGAGACACGUCCCACCCUCGUAUUCCACACAGUGUGUGUCUGUGUGUGCGUGUGCGUGAGACUCGCACACACGGUGUGUGGCACGUGUGUGUCACGUUUUCUCCCCUCUCUCCCCCUCCCGCACACUUAUUCUAAUGCGCCUAUCUCGGCGCGCGAUGACGACGGCAAUCGCGCGUAAUCGGUUCUCGCAUUCUUUGCGUGUGUGACGUGUCUUUUCCGCCGGGAGGAAAGCCAUCGCGUGGAACAAGCGCUUUUCCUCAGCGAAAAGACAGUACUGCCGGAGCACGGUGGCAAACAGUCUUCUCGGAAAAUGCCAAGGUGAUUCUCUCUCUGCCGCUUCCCCUGCCUUCGUCCGCCCCGUCCCAUCUUCUCGGCGCCUCGAGGAAAAACAAUCGUCUCGUGGGAGUCGUCCGCGCGAUAAGAGCGUGUAUUUUUCUCGCGUCGGAUCCUGCCGCAGGCUCGCGUGUCGCGGCCUGUUUUCCUGGAUCUCUCCGCUCCCCCGAUCGGUCGACACAAAGUGAAAUCGCGAGAUCCGCACGCUGGAGCGUGAUCCUCAAUCGCUUCCAACACGCUUUCCGAUCGCGGUUGAGUCAGGAUGCAUCACACGGCGCCGUGGUACCUGCCCUGGGGUCUGAAACUGGUGCCGUUGCCGAUUCCACCGGGACAUCCGGCACCGGGCAUCCCGAAUCCCGCCGGUCUCCACCUGCUGGCACCUUUGCCGGGAAUUUACGCACCGGAACCGCACAAGGUCGAUUUGAAGCCGCUGCGAGAGGCAACUGUCGCCGUUCCUGUGCCGAAAAUCAGCGAGAAACGGAAAACCGAGGAUCCCGACGCCAACAAGGAUCUCAAGAAGGCGAAAUUGGAAACGAAAGCACUGAAAGCGAAGAGACCGGGAUUCACGGACGAGCGGUACAACGAGACCAGUUAUUACGUGGAGCACGGUCUCCGUAAGGUAUAUCCCUAUUACUUCACCUUCACGACAUUCACAAAAGGUCGAUGGGUCGGCGAGAAGAUCCUGGAGGUUUUCGCGAGGGAAUUCCGUGCUCAUCCAGCCGAGGAAUACGAGAGAUGUAUUCGCGCCGGCACUCUCACGGUCAACUACCAAAAGGUGGAUGUCGAUUACAGACUGCGGCACAACGACCUCCUGGCUAACGUCGUCCACAGACACGAGGUGCCUGUCACCUCGGAGCCGAUCACGGUGAUACACAUGGACGAGGACGUCGUCGUGGUCAACAAGCCCGCCUCCAUCCCUGUGCAUCCAUGCGGUCGUUACCGGCACAACACCGUGGUCUUCAUUCUGGCGAAGGAGUACAACCUGAAGAACCUGAGGACCAUUCACAGGCUGGACCGGCUGACCAGCGGCAUCCUGCUGUUCGGUAGAACGCCGAAGAAGGCGCGGCAGAUGGAGCACCAAAUAAGAAAUCGACAGGUUCACAAGCAAUACGUGUGCCGGGUGGAGGGCGCGUUCCCGGAGGAGGAGGUGAUCUGCUCGGAGCCGAUCGAGGUCGUCUCCUACAAGAUCGGCGUCUGCAAGGUCUCCGAGAAGGGCAAGGAUUGCAUCACGCGGUUCAAGCGGCUCAGCUACAACGGCAAGUCGUCCGUGGUGCUCUGCAAGCCGCAAACCGGACGCAUGCACCAGAUCCGCGUGCAUCUGCAGUACCUCGGCUAUCCGGUGGUGAACGAUCCCCUCUACAAUCAUGUGGUCUUCGGUCCGCACAAAGGUAAGGGCGGCAACAUCGGCAAGACCGACGAGGAGCUCGUCCGGGAUCUCAUCAGUAUUCACAACGCCGAGAACUGGCUCGGUAUGGACGGCGACUCCGAUCUGAGCCUGUUCAAGCCGAAACUCGAGCUGGAGGAGCGCAUGCUGGGCUCGGCCAAUGAUAAGGACGGCUCGCCGUCGUCUACUCCGGGCUUGGUCGAGGACGAGCAGCAACAGCAGCAGCAGCAGCAACAACAGCAGCAGCAACAGCAGCAGCAGCAGCAGCAACAGCAACAGCAGAAAUCUCUCAAAGUCACUGUGGGAACGCAGACAGGCACGGAGCCGCCGGACUCUACUUUUGCCAACGACAAGGUCACCGUCGAUCCGCACUGCUACGAGUGCAAAGUCAAGUACAGGGAUCCAAAACCGUCGGAUCUCGUGAUGUAUCUGCACGCGUGGCGUUACUGCGGUCCGGGAUGGGAGUACGAGACGCCGCUGCCCGCGUGGGCGGCCAGCGACUGGACCGGCGACGAUCGAUAGUUCGAACGGCGCGAUCGAGGGUGAUCCGCACGAAUUCCUCGGCGAGCCAUCGCCAUCGAAUCUCGAACCCCCUUUUGAUAUCCUUACCCUGUGCCUUCCAUCCGCCAACGAGCUAUCUUGACCACGCAAGUAUACAUACGGAUACACACACACACACACAUAUAUAUAUACACACAUGCACACACGUAUACGCACGCACGCAUGCACACACGUGGAAACACACACGGCGAAUACUCGUCGACAUACCCCUGCAACUCGGCCGUCGGACUUCUUGGGGCUGCGAUCCGAGAGAAAUGGGAUUGCCGGAACAAUUUCGUCGCUCGAUUUGCAUUUCUGCAAGCCGCGCAGCCGUGUCGAUAUGUAAGUGACAAUCCGGCGUUAUCGCCUGACGUUUCCGUCGAGCGGAAACAAUUGUGACGGGGCGCCGUUUACGCGCGGUAAAUGCAUACUUCGCCCGCGCGCGCGACAAGUUCACCUGUUCGGCCGCGUUCCCGUUUCGUCAUACAUAUUCUGGCAGUCUCGCGCGAGCAAAUCCCACACACGCGGGCGAUCUUACGCGGGAAAACGUUCCGAGACGACGUUAUUAUGCGAAUUAAUCAUAGCGACAAAAGACAACGUUGUUACCAAUCCUACUACUGUCCUAAUACUGACCUAAUUUUACGGAGCCAAAUAAUAAAUCAGAUCGUCAUUAUUGUUAUUUUUAAGUUGCCGCUUAUUCAGCACGCGUUCUAGGUUUCUCAACAUAUAUUUCUCCCGAGCAAACCUGGGACAUCUUGUAUAGUUAGAGCCUCCGCACAAGCUUUUCUCCGUAACGCUUUACGUUACGUUAAGUACCGAUCAUAAGCCUAAACCCGUGCAUAAAUUUGAACUUCAGUCAACGCACAAAGAAAAUCGUCGUAAAGCGUCGCAAAAUCGACGCUCUCUUCUUACGUUACGUUUGUGCGUUGACUGAAGUUUAAGUUUAUGUACGGGCUUAGGUUUAUGAUCAGUACUUAACGUAACGUAACGGAGUUACGGAGAAGCUUGUGCGGUGGCCUUUACGCAGCGCAACGUUACGUCGACGAGUAAGAGAUGUCGCAAUAAGAUGUAAUGAUUGUUCCAACAAUCAUUUCUCUCUGUACAACAGCUGUCAGUCGCUCGAUAUGAAAUUCAUAUGUCGCAGGACUUCGUUGUAGCUUCCAGCUAAUAUAAUAAUUCGUUUUUUUAUAUCACAUAUAAAUAGAUUGUAAUAUAUAUAUAUAUAUAUAUAUAAGCAGACUGUGAUUAUUGCCAUAAUAAUUACUGGUCGAAAUAUUUUUAUGAAGAAGGCAUGGCUGUAUAGCGAGGUGACGAUUUUAUUCUUAUUUGUAAUAUUAUAAAAAAAAAAUGUGGACGCACAAUUGAAUAAUUCUUCAAUUGUGAAUCAAACAAUUUGCAUAAAUGCAAUUAGAUUAUGUAUAGUACAUAAUCGAAAGAAAUUGUAUAUUAAUUCUAGAACAUUUAUAUAAUUCCCAGGAAAUCUGAGAACAUCCAGCCAGGAUAUAAAACAGCUUACUGUCUAUUUUGUGUUGCAACUUUCGUUUAAACGCAUUAAUUCAGAACUCUUUCCUAUCUUAAGAAAGGCGUGUUAUUGAAUAAAGAGUAGACAAAAAUAUAACUAUUAGUGGCAAGAAUAUUUGCAGAAAAUAUUUUCGUGUGCAUUUUCGGCAGAAUAUCUCUGGAUGAUCCAAGGUUAAAAUCGUUUAUGCAAAUGCUUUAGUCGAUUCGAAAUACAUAUAUCUUUGAAAAAUACGCGAGAGUCUCGACUUUUAGGAGCGGUUGGUCAAAAAGUCACUGCCACUGGAGCGAGACAUCUCUAAUGUGUGAGGGAAGAUUGAUGCGUCUGUCGGGGGUGACACGCUGGAUGCCGAUGGAUCGUAUCGUUCAUCUUGAUUUAUGACGUAUAGAAAAUCGCGCGGUUUCCUUUCUAUUUUCUACGGCGCCGCCGCCGCGAAUCGCCGACUUUUGCGCAACUGUUACUCCAAUCUUGCGGUGCAUUUCGAUCUCAGAGAGAGAGAUAUAUACUCGCUCGAUCCAUUUGUCAAAAUUCCAGCGCCUCGUAGUAGCCAAUGUCUUAUCAUCUGAAAAUAAAAUGGCAGCGUGGCGUCAAUCGCGCCACGCGUGAGAUGUGUGUCAUCGCGGAAUGCUGAACCUUGACGUUAAAUCAUCGCCGGUUUCGAAUCCGAUUCGAAAUUGACUUUGGACGCGCGAAAUGAACGGACGAUAUAUCGAUUAUAUCCGGCAGUAGUGUUGCUUUUGGCAUCGAUUCACUUUUAGGCACUUCGGCCUGACAGAGCUCAGCUUUAACUAGAUAAAUUUAUCUCACGGUUCGACAGUAUAGUUCUGGAACAAUUUCAACGAAGCCCUGUGAGUCCCCCGUACUUUAACCGCUAGUGUGUUACCGCUAAUAUAUCGUUGUGAAAGAUUCCAUAAAUGUCGCGAAUCGAACGAGGCGAAUAAGUAUUGUCUAUUAAACGCUAGUAGAGGAACUCUUCGAUGUGGUGUCGCGAUUCACGAUUGCCGCUUGCGAGUCAGUCGUCAGUUUUUUCACUGCGCCCAAGUUCGCCCAGUUCUCGAGGAAUACCGGCACACACACACACGUGCUUUCUCGAAGCCGCGCGCAUUACGCAAGCGAUCGGCCAUUUAUUUCUUACCCGACGAGAUAACCACAUUCCCUCAUUGAAGACAGCCCAGUUUCAUUCACACCGCGCAGCAAACGCUCUCGCACGCGCUCUCGCACGCGCGCACGGUUUCGAGAAUAGACUCCUUGAGAUCGGGGCGAUCGGGGAGAAGGAGGCGGAGAGUCCGUAUCCUCCGGGAGCAUCCGGUAGGGGAUUGACGUGGCGGAAAACCGCGAUAGAGGCGCGUCUAUUUUUAUGGCAGAUAUAUCUAACCGGAGGAGGGUGGUGGUGGUGGUGGUGGCGAUGGUAUGCGGUGGCGCGGGUCCAGCGGCGGGGGUCACCAACAAUAAGCGUGAUCUUGCCCGGAAGACGGCCAACGAUCAUGCCAAAGUGCGAGUGACCAGCGAGCUUUCAAUCAUAUCGUGCACAAGCGUACCUUUCCCCCCGCGCCGCGGAACGAGCUCGGGAAGAGAGAAGCGCGCGCCGGGGGAUCGCCCGCGCGGUCGGCGACGAGGUGUUUCGUAAUAAGUACAAUCCAAGAGCGAGAGUAAGUCGCGAGAUUAGUGACGUGCUGCAAUUAUUUUAAUACGUAGGAGUCGCCGUUUUCGUCUCCGCGCGUCACGAACGACCGCGAAGGGCACGCCGAGCGUGUGUGUGUGUGUGUGUCUGUGUGCGUGUGUGUGUAUGUGUGUGUGUACGUGUGUGCGCGCAUCGUCAGGCUUCGCACGCAGAGCUGAGCUAUGCGCGUCGCGACGAUGCUCCGGUUGCUGCGAGCUGCUUGUCCCGUCUGCUCGCGGAUCGUCGCGGCGGAACCGAUUCGCUCGGGAACCACUGAUAUCCCCCGAGCGAUUUCGUUUAUCGAUUCGAUGGCAAAACCGCAUCAUCGCUGCGAGCGCUUGUCUCGCGUGACGUUGAAGAAGCUGCGGGCUGUGCACGAGGCCUGUUUUGCAUCACACGCGGUGCGAUAACAGGCGGGCGCAAUGUGUGCACACGGGGUGGCAGACGGGGCAACCAAAGGCAACAAAACACGCUCCGCGUGUGACGCGGGUAUUUUAGCUUGUACUUUAGCAUCGAAGUCGUGAGCGGUGAUGGGAAGUGAUCCAGAGACGAUUGCCGGGUUACAAACACGGCAAAUGCAUCGGAUUAUAUAUAUAUAUAUAUAUAUAUAUAUAUAUAUCUUCCGAUGAAAUUAUUGAUUUCUUUAUUUCUAACGUCAUAUCCGAUAUACAUCGCUUUUCUAACGGGGCCAACUCACGUGCAACGUGUCUGGAUAUUUGCCGAGAGAUAAUGUUCGACGACAAGUGCUACGACCUAUGAUUGCAUUACGGUGUAUCAUAUCAACGAUAUGGAUUCCGAUGUAUCACAUCAACGGGGUUCAAAUUGAAUUUAUACUGCCGCGUGGCGAUACACGUUUCUGUCAAUAAACAAGCAGUCUAAUUAUCCUUGCUUUGGAUAUAUUUUUAGAUUAUAUUGCAGUUUAAAGUGUAAGCUAUUUAGAGACGAUUCUCAGAACUCGGCGUAGUCAUUAAUUGAGUAGAUUUCUUUUUAAGCGGGCGCUUGACGAGAUCCAGACAGAUCGUUGAAAAAAAUUUCAGCUGCAUAUGUCAAUCCUCAAACGUUAUCAUCCUACAUCUAUCGAAGUGCUUGAAGCCUCCUCAUGAAUACCGACUGCGGUAUUCAUAAAGAGAUACAUUAAUGCCGAAAAAUCUUCAAGGAAUAUGUCUGAGGUUAAUAUUGCGACUGAGACGUUUUCCAGUCUGGAAUAAGCAUUUGUGCUUGGAACAAAUCGUCUUGCCAAACAAGCAAUCUUGCCAUCACUUCUCGCAACUCAUGAAUAUAAGAAGCGAAAUAAAGAAGAACAUAAUAGCGGUUGUGCGACAAAAGUAAAUGGGUUUGGUAGAUAUAUAUAUAUAUAUAUAUAUGUAAAAAAAAUAUAUAGGUAUAUAUAUAUCUACGUAUAUACAUAUAUGUAUACAUAGGGAGAGAAAGAGAGAGAGAGAGAUAGAUAAGGGAGAUAACGUAACAACGGACCUAUUAUAAAAGACAGUGUGUGUGCUUACUAACUCAACUGGAGUAGCUCGUCGCAGCGGGCUAUCCCGAAUGUAAUGGCUAGCUUAAAUCUAUCAUUUAAGUAACUAACGGUAAUUCGGAGAAACCGCGAAAAAGACAGUUGCGAUUUUAGCGGCGCUAAGAGAGAAAGAGCGAGCGAAAGAGAGAGAGAGAAAGCGAGAGAGGGAGAGGGAGAGCGAGAGAGAAAACGGAGCGAAAGGGGGAGGAGCGGACGUCGGUCUGUACAAGAGCGAGAGAGUAUGCUUUUGUAUAUAUGUAUUGUACCGCACAUUGUACCGUAUCUAAAACCACAUUAUUAUCUGUAUUGUAGCGAAUUCUUUUAGUGGAUUCUCUUGUAUGAUGAACGAAUAAAUGUAAAGUAUCGUUCGAUAAAAC